GCUGCGAGUUCCUGGCUAGAAGCUUGAAGUUUCAGAUCAUUCAUGCAACUGAAGAAACUUUGACAACGGCGAAGUGAAUCGACUCGUCACGACGUGCCUUAUAACCCGUGGAUAUUAUCGUGGCUGUUUAGGUGAAAGGCUGUACAAUCCUCGGCAGUGUUCUGAGACUGUAUAGCCUAACCUGUGGAUUGUCCUUCUGUUGUAGGACGAUCUGUUAUGAUCUGAUUUUUAAAUAGGUAAAUGACGUAUUUAUUGUGAUUAAAUUAAGUUUUUUUCUAAAUGUCUACGGGUCCGUGAGUGCGUGUAUCCUUGUGGCUUUUGAGUUUCAAGAGUUGAGAUUUGUUUUUCACUUGUUGCGCUUUCAAUCGGACUCACGGGAACUAGAGGACAGCUUGUCUAGUCCUGAUCUUCAAACGAAAAGAGAUGACAGCCGAGAAAGAGAAGAAGCGCUCGGAGCGGCGUAAGGAGAAGUCUCGUGACGCUGCCCGCUGCAGACGCAGUAAGGAGACGGAGGUGUUCUACGAGCUGGCCCACCAGCUGCCCCUCGCUCACAGCAUCUCCUCCCACCUGGACAAGGCAUCCAUCAUGAGGCUCGCCAUCAGCUUCCUGCGGACACGCAAGCUCCUGUCUACAAGCUGUAGCAGCAAUGAGACAGAGGAGGACAAACAGAUGGAUAGCCUGUACCUGAAGUCUCUGGAGGGCUUCGUCAGUGUGAUAACCACAGAGGGAGACAUAAUAUUCCUAUCUGAGAACAUCAACAAGUUCAUGGGUCUGACACAGGUGGAGUUGACAGGCCACAGCAUCUUUGACUUUACUCAUCCUUGUGAUCAUGAUGAGAUCCGUGAGAACCUCAGCCUCAAAACAGGUAUUGGAAAGAAAGGCAAAGAGCUGAGCACAGAGAGAGACUUCUUCAUGAGAAUGAAAUGCACAGUGACCAACCGUGGACGUACUGUUAACCUGAAGUCAGCCAGCUGGAAGGUUCUGCACUGCACUGGCCACAUGAAGGUGUAUAACAGCUGCCCUCCGCGGGCUCUGUGUGGCUACAAGGAGCCGCCGCUGGCCUGCAUCGUCAUGAUGUGUGAGCCCAUCCCCCACCCCUCAAACAUAGACACCCCGCUCGACAGCAAGACCUUCCUCAGUCGCCACAGCAUGGACAUGAAGUUCACCUACUGUGACGACAGAGUGACAGAACUGAUGGGCUACAGUCCUGAGGACCUUCUGGGACGUUCUGUCUAUGAGUUCUACCAUGCCCUGGAUUCCGACAGUGUCACCAAGAGCCACCAGAACCUGUGCACUAAGGGACAGGCUGUGAGUGGUCAGUACCGUAUGCUGGCGAAGCAUGGAGGCUACGUGUGGGUGGAGACCCAGGGCACCGUUAUCUACAACAGCCGCAACUCUCAGCCCCAGUGCAUCGUCUGUGUCAACUAUGUCCUCAGUGACAUUGAGGAGAAGUCCAUGGUGCUCUCCAUGGACCAGACAGAGUCUCUGUUCAAGACCCACCACAUGAGCAGCUUCUUCAGCCAGGUGGGCCCUGUGCCGGCCGAGCCCAGCGAUGGCCUCUUCACCAAGCUCAAGCAGGAGCCUGAGGACCUCACUCAGCUGGCGCCCACCCCAGGAGACACCAUCAUCAGCCUGGACUUCGGUCACCCCCAGUUUGAGGAGCAUCAGCUGUUCAGUAAGAUGUCCCCCAGACCCCGUGCCACCGGGCACUCCUUCCUCAGUGAUGGUCACACGCCUGGCACCCCUGAGAUGCCCACUGUCAACCCAACAUUCUGCGUGCCACAGGCACCCCCACCUGGCAGUGCCACUCCCAGCCUGAGCAGCUGCUCCACACCAAGCAGCCCAGAUGAUUGCUAUGCUACUGUGGAAAGUGACCUGACAAGCUCCCAGGUGGAUCUCACAGAAAAGAUGUAUGCUCUGGACCCCCAGGAGACCAAGGCCACUGCCACUACAGAGCCCGAUUUGAGUGAUCUGGACCUGGAGACCCUGGCUCCCUAUAUCCCAAUGGACGGCGAGGACUUCCAGCUGCACCCCAUCUGCCCUGAGGAGUCCCCCGCCAGUGAGGCUGCAGGCCUGGGCGCCACCCAUCACAGCUUCAGCAACAUUGCCAGCCUCUUCCAGCCCCUCUCCACCGGCCCAGCAGCCCACUACCAGCCCACUGUGGGCACCACGGGUACAGGCAAGCGGGCAUCCAGCGCGGGAACCGUGGACUCCUGGCCCAACAUGGCCUGUGGGGGCCCCUCUGCUCUGCCACCUUACCAUGUUCCAGCCAGCACCCCUCUGUCCUCCAUGGGUGGGCGUCAGAAUUUGCAGUGGCCCCCAGACCCUUUAUUACACUACCAACACCAAGUUGCCAAGACGAGCGUGAUGGACGGCAUGGCAACAAAUCAACACUUGCGCCACAUGAUGCCAACCAAUCAGAUGCCUAUGUACAGGCAAAGGUCCAUGGAGAACUUUGUCCAAGCCCAGAGGGACAUGAGCCCAGCUCGCCUGGCUUUGGCUAACAGCAUCAAACGCUCAUUCACACAGAUGGCAACGGAGGACAUGCAGCAGAGUAAACCCUCAGAGAUGAUGUGGAAGAGGAUGCGGAGUGAUGGCUAUACCGCCAUGGACAGGAAGUGUCUCAGCACCAGCGCCCUAUCAGAUAAAGGUAUGGGCUUGUCAGAUUUUGUUGACCAUCAACACAGGAAGACCCAGUAUUCCUGUAACCAAACAUGCAUGUCAAAGAACAGUGGACAGUGCUGUAACUACAGAGAGUACAGCAUGUUGCCCCCACACAAAACAGAGGGGAUGGUGAAUCGUCUCGUGGGCCCUUCCUUUGAGUCCUACUGCCUGCCCGAGCUUACACGUUAUGACUGCGAGGUGAACGUCCCCCUGCAGGGAAGAAUGCACCUGCUCCAGGGCAGUGACCUCCUGAGGGCUCUCGACCAGACCACCUAGACCAGAUACUCAGAUCGGGUCCCAAAUCAGCCCCUCAACACUUCUCCACUACAAAUCCUUCCAGCGACUCGCUGAGGACCCUUGACCAGGCCACCUAAACCAGGCACCAUCAUGGCCUCUAAAAACCUGGUCCCAAAUCAGUCCCUCAUACCCUUCUCACUACAACCCUCCCCUAACCCUUCCCCACCAUCUUAUCCCACAAAAAUACCCACACUGUGAAAAGAAAAUGCUUUCUGAAAGCAGCAGUAAGGGGAUAAACAUACACAGAAAAGUAACCCUAGCAGCUUUGCCACUUUUAUACCAAACAUAUGUUUUGAUGUUUCCUAUUAUGAUGAGGUAUGCCGGUAUAUGGUGUUGGUGAGGCCGGAUUUUCUCAAUGUUCUUUCCAUAAUCCACCUCCCUCUUCUAAUCACUCUAAGGUGGUUGCCCAAAUGUAGCAUUUUGAAGUCUGUGGGUUCAAACAGACACGUGAAUGCGGUUGUGUGUGUGUGUGUGUGUGCAGGACUGGUUCUUAGAAAGGCACAGAUUGCGGUCUGCCAUUAUUGUGCCUUCAUUUAAAGUGAGGUUGGUGCUUGGGAGCCCUUAUUUUGAUCAAAAUUGUCAGCAGACAAAACAGUAUGUUUAAUAAAGUCACAAUAUUAUUCUCACCCAUGCUAAAAUUAUAGCAACACAGGUGCCACUAAAUUUAAACCAUAUGUUCCUCACAGGUCACAGUACCUGAUGAGUCUUUUGUUGUUUUGACUAAUGCCAGUCUGAAAGAAUAUUUUGUUAAACACAGCAAGAUUGAGACGACUUUUCUUGUAACCAUGGGCUAUUUGCUGUCUUACCCACAGACACCCUCCUCAUCCCAUUUUAUUAUUCAGAGAAAAGUCUCUAAUAGUUUUAUUUGUACUAUCUUCACCUUCUAAGCUAUAUACCUGUAUUAUUUUAGUUACAAGGACAUUUCUUGCAUAAAUAUCUUUUUUGUUUUUGUCAGUGUCCGAAACUUAUUUUACCAAACUUUUGUCCUUGUCUUGAGACUGUUGGGUUCUAUCCUGUUCUUCUUUGUCUGUCUUAUUGUCUUUCUCACUCACUUUCUCUCUUUCAUUCUACUUACAGAAAGCUUGAUCAAGGGGCAGACACCCCCCUGUUGCCUUUACCAGAUCACAACAAGUGGCCAUUUUCUCUCCUUAAUCUUCUUUCUUGUUAUUUCUCUCAUAUUCACUGUCUGUCUCUUCCUCACUUCUCAUCAAUAUUCUGUUGUGGUGACCACUUUAUCUUAACGUAUAUAUAAAUAAAUAUUUUUGAGCUGUACCCAUAUAUUUGUUUAAAGUAGAUUGGAGAUGUCCAUUAGUGUGUCUAAGAAUACUGUUUUAUUGCUUGUAGGCUUCGGUACUUUUGUCUUCUCUAUGCAGUAGAUAUAAAUCGGAGUCUUGUCUGAUUUCAACAGCAAGUAGCACUGUUCUUUUUUUCUGUGGUUUGAGAUAUGCAAAAGCCUUAUCGUAUUUUCUCUUUUUUGGCAGGCCAGUACUGUUCCUUCUGUCAUUCUGUUCUUUUGAUUUUGUUGUUGUUGUUAAUAACAAAGCAGUAGAUUAUAUAUAUGCAGUAAUAAGAAAAAAAGUUCCACUCAUGAGGCAUGUAGCAGAUUUAUGAAUUUUGAAAGGCAAACAUUGUUAAGACCACAUUUAAAUAAAACAAACAGAUAACCGCUGACGGAAACAUCCGAAGUAACGAUACCUUUGUAGAUGAGUUGAUAUGUUUGAUUUGGAGCAGCAGCCGAGUUGUGUAUUACUGGGAUCCACCCACAUUAACAUUGUAUCUAUUUGUUUGUUUGUUUUUGAGGGAGGGAGCUGAGGUUGUCUUUAAGGUUGAACUGUGAGUUUUACUAAUGCCUUAAAAAGUUCCUAAAUUUUGGUUUUAUUUUUUUUAAAGAUGACAAUUAGACUAGCCCCUCAGAGCCACAGACUUGUACCCUCUUUCUUCAGUCUUGCUUUAAUGAUAGAUUGACCAGUCCAUGGUACCCAAACCCUGUCCUAUAUAUGUUCUUCUGUUCGUCAUUCGCCAAAUAUGAAAUAUACCCCUUAGUGGUAGUCAGAUAAUGUCCUCAUAACUAUACAAUAAUGUUGGCCAUGUAAAUAUCUUAUAAUAAUUGAUAAUAAUAUCGUAGUCUGAGUUUAGACAACACUGGUGACAAAGGUGAGAUGAGUAGUCUAAGUACUUCAAAAGGUUUUCAGGCGUGGAACUAGCACACUAUGCAGUCACGCAUAGCCAUUGCAUUGACUGCGAACGUGUGCAUGUCAGAUUGGACUAAGUUGUUGGAAAAUUGGAUGAAUUGGAAUUGGAUGUCACGAAUGUCACUGAGGAUUAUUCAGUACACAAGGUGAAAUAGCAAGCGUGGGCAGCGCUCUAUAUUACAGCCUGGGGCUCUGUUCUUCUCAAGCCAAAUUACAAAGGCAUUUAAUUAUUACCCUCUGUUGAGUCCAAACAUAUUUGGAUGUCACAGCUAUAUUAAGCUCAAUGAUCGCUUUGGCAACAUGUGUAAUUGCCACUCCAAGCGAUAAAAUUAAGCCUUAGUUAGCAUCUUACAAUGCUGAAUGGGAACAAAAUGUCUCUAUAGUAUGUUGGCAUGUGAGCUAAUAUAACUCAUAAAGCUGUUGUUCUACAAGAUGUUUUCUUCUUGCCUUCAGACAUAGGGUUAUGAGAGGUAGGCAGAAAGAUGUGUCCACAUAAAGCUGUGAGGAGUCUGCUCAGCCUACCCACUGCUGCAGAUACCUUAUAUUCAAAAGUUUUAAUAGUCACUCUUUCUCUCUUCCUCUCUCUAUAUAUCAAGCAAUCUCUUUUGUACCACCCCCACUCCUUCUUUCUGUUACAAAUACAAAUGUCAAACAAGCUAAAAAAAAAAUCAUAGUGUAUGGAAAAAACAUCGCUGGAACAGCCUCAAUCCAAAGACAGAGAAAAGACAAAAUGUCCUCUUUGUUUUCCUUGAGCCAAAGUGAAUGGAAUCUUGAGCAUUUCCCCCAGUGAUGCAGAGCCUAGAUUAAAAAUAUCACCCGGAUAAUGCAAGGGGAUGUGCAAUUUUAUGUUGUUUAUUUAUGUUCUCUGCUAAGUGGAUGAGGCAGGGCACAUUAGUAUCUGUCAGGGGGAAUGAGAAAUUGGCAUCCCAUCAGACUUCUGUACACAGAUAGCAAGAUGUUUUACUCAAGUAUAAAUAUACUGAGCCCCAAGCCCUAAAUUGCCCACAAGCAGCAUAAAUCUAUUGUCCAAGAGUGUGCCCAUUAGGUAGGUAAAUCAGGAUUUGUGUUCAGCAUCAACCAGGAGCUCAAAGAAUAUUUCUCUAAUGUAAUCUUACUUGAAUUACCAGUGAUAAAAGCCAAAGUAAAGUUGUCCACAAAUGAACUCUAUUUAUUCAUUGCCUUGCAUAUCUCAGUACUGGUUUGGUUGCACUAAAGAUCAUAUAGUUAAAGAGAAAAACUGUACAACUGUAAGUGUGGAGAGACAUAGGAAGUCAUGGUGCAUCAACUACCCUGUGAAAGGCCCACCACCAGUCUUAGCUGUAGCCUCUGUGCCCUCUGAGGGGUGGUUAAAAACCUUAUACGCUAUGUGCAGUUAACCAUAAAAUGUGAUGAAAUGAUAUCCUCGGCAUAUAUAUGUUGCUCACACUCAACCUUAAGGAGAUGGUUUGUCCAAAACUGAAAAAUCUACCAUUUUGUGCUUAAGUUUAUGUCAGUAGCCAUCUAUGAAAGGUUUUGAUCAGCAAGAAACGAACUGUUCAGGAAAACAUCAGUGACCAGAAAGUUGUUGCCACCAUCCAAUUCUGAAGUGUAGAAAAAGCUUCUAGAGUGGAAAAGGAGACAUUCUAUAGUCAACCUCUUUUUUUUAAAGAGAAAGAGGAAACUAAUGCAUGGUUCUACUGGAAUAAAGAUGAGGUGAUAAUGGCAGAGUUUUCCGUUUUCGGAUGAUGUGUCCAUUUAAAGGCAAUGUCAGUUGCGGGGUUUUUUCUAGAUAUAAUAAAGGGGUUGUCUUCAUGGGACUAUGUCUGCUUUCACCCUGUUUAUUUUUUGUUUUGGAUGUCUUAUAGUUACAUUAGCUGAAACCAUGACUAUUUUAAUAUGCUAAAUUCAUAUUUACUAUAUUAUUAUGAUAUUUCUUGUUAUUGUUAUUACUGUAUGGGAAGUUUUACCCCAGUAAGAAGUUUUAUUUCUGCACUGAUAUGUUAUUAAAGCAUAUUGAUCUCA